UCUGUACUUUCACUUUGUGAGCUAUGCAUGAUUGAUACAUAGAUCUAUGCACGUGUGGUGACAAUUAGAGAUCAGGAAAGAAAGCAUGUUGAGUUGGUUCAACUUAAAAAUAGAAACAUUUUAUGUAUUAUUUGCGGGUUAUAUAUGUGUAGAAACGACAUUAAAAGAUGCCGAACGACCUUUCAGGAUACUCAAAGUGAAUCAAAUAUGGGAAAAAGCGCAGAAGCUUCAUUCAGGACCAAAGUUAGCUGAUCUCUAUGCAGAUUUGAAAAUUCAAGACAAAGUAGAAUUAGAACUUAAAAAGUUAAAAGCAGAGGAUAUGGAUAAAGAUGGAAUGAAAGAGGCAGAAGUACGGAGAAGGUUAAUAGAUCUAUUAGAGAAGUACGACAUGAAAAACGUAGUCUCUGUACCACAACCUCCUGAUAUGAGUAAUGAAAUACCGGAGACGUUCGAGCACCAACUGAGGGACAAAAAGCUUCAAAAACUCUGGAAGAGAGCAGAGUUUGCUGGAUUUUCAGAAUGGGAGUUGGACAAACUUAAAGAAGAAUUUCUACAUCAUCAAAUGAAGGUGGAGGAAUACAACUCACUACAGGAAGAUUUCAGUGUCAGGGAUGAUUACAUUGAUAAUUCAAUUGAUGUGGAGCGAAAUAAAGUGAAAUACAUGGACAAGAAAAAGAAGCAGCUAGAGUUGAAAAUGAUGUACAAGGAUUUAAAGACAGACUAUGACAAACUGGAGGGAAUGGCUGCAGCUGUAAAUGUACAGGACAAGUCAUUCCAGGACCCUCGAGUUUAUGAGCUGUGGGCACUCGCCCAAAGAGCCAAAAUGUCCCCCAGUGAAUUGGAUUCAUUUAAGAAAGAGCUUCAGCAUUUUGAACACAGACUACAAAAGCAUGAAUACUAUCAAGAUCAACUAAGGAUUUCGGACGAGGCAUUGCAGAUUAAUUACAAAGAUGGGGAAGUCCCAGAUAAGCACGUUCAGCUGGAACAGAUGGCCAGUGACUAUGGAAAGAAGGUGGAGAAAUAUCAUGCAGACCUGAAAUACCGAAUUAACAAGGCACUGAAACAGCACACUGAACUGUGAAAAGGGUCCAGCUCAUUCCAGUCAGACAGAAUUCACAAACAGCAAGUUGGUGAAUGAGGAAAUAAAUGAUCAGUUGUCAUGUAGCAGUGAAGAGAAGCAAACUGAAAAUUAAUAGUGAUAGAGUUUGAAGAUAAAUCAAUAAGCCAUUACUCUAGAUUCUCUGUUUUAUGCGAGUGCUUAUAUCAUGAAACGACUCGUAGACAUAUUGUGAGCACAUGACUUUGUUAGUGGUCUUUUGAUCAAGAGUCAAGCAAAUGAUCUUAUAUCAUGGAUGGUGCAUCUCGCUAGAUUACGAGAUAAUCAACUCUUCUCAGAUAUUUAGGAAUUGAUCUAAGGUAUUUCAAUCUGAAACAGAAAUUUUGUUGUGCAGUCAUCAAAAAGAGAAAAGAGCAAUUUACCAGUGGACUGCUUUUGUGAAAUUUCACAGAGAAAACAAAUAACUUCAUCUCUUCAAGGUGUAAAUGGAUGAACUUGCUUUUGUUAAGAAAAACUGAACAAAAUUCUACUGGAGAACUGUAUUAUUGAAGAAACAUAUCUAUAUUGAUGAUAAUGUGAGAAAUUUUUGCAUAUUUAGUUUGUGAAUCUCAAUUUUUCCUCAAUGUGUGAAAUGAAGAAAUUGAAUAUUAAAUAAAAUAAUGUAUAUAUUUUUGGACAUGGAUUCAUCUUUCUUAUGCCAUUUUUAAAAACUUUUAUAACAAUUGUAAAUGUACCAAUAUUAACGAUGUAUUGUUAUUAUUAGGUCUCCCACAUUUUUGCCCCCACAUUAAAAAUGUUGGAAUCCUAUA